AUGGCUUCCAUCCCACAAUUCUAUUCAAACUACACAUUCACUUCUCAUGAUCUUUCAGAGUUCCCUACACCACUCAAUAGCAACAUCUCAGUCAUGGACAACACCACGUGGGGUGGUCAAGAUAGCUUGAUUCCUGUGCUUGAUCACAUUAAUAAUGGGGCACUUGAUCAUAUUGUGUCACUUGAUUGUGACACCGUGACUUGUGGUAAUUGGAUGCCAAACUUUUCUGAGCAACUUGGGGGCAUUUCUGACUUGGCCAUUUCCGACUGUAAAAUGGGCUUCUACGGAGGGUUUCAGAAUUUCAACAGCAGAUACCAACCACAUAUUGGUGAGUUUGGGGAAGAAUGUUGUGGGUUUGUGGAGGAUAUUAAGCCACCUGCUUAUCCUAAUACUGCGAGAGAAAAUUGGGGAAUUCAGGGUAAUCAAAUGCCAGCAGUCGAAGAGCCUAACAUAAAGGUAGGAAGGUACUCAGAAGAAGAAAGGAAAGAAAGAAUUCUCCGAUAUUUGAAGAAAAGAAAUCAAAGAAACUUCAACAAAACCAUCAAGUAUGCAUGUCGAAAAACCUUAGCUGAUCGGCGAGUCAGAGUUAGGGGAAGGUUUGCAAGAAACAAUGAGCUAUGUGAGGAAGACAUAGCAACAAAGAAGCAUGAGAAUCAUCGUCACCACAAAGAAGACUUUUAUGGUGGCGAUUCAAUCCAGUUCCAGUUAAAGAAUGAUGAGGAGGAUUGGCUUCAAGAGGCCAUGGCAAGUCUAGUGUAUUUAUCCCAUUCUUCACCAGAAGAUAUGUAACAUAAUUUAUUAGCAUCAACGG